AUGGAUUGCAUCAAAUUUAUUGUAUAUAGCGUUUUGCUUAGUGCACUAUUGUUCGUUUGUGAAACAAAAAGUUCUACUUCAUUAGGUCUUGUCGGUGAUAGUGCUGAUGUAACACGGCCAACAUCUGGAGGUACUGUUCUCGUUGGUGGUGGUCCUGAUGUUGAUGCAGCUAUGCAAUGGAUGAUCAAGAAAUCGGGUGGUGGUGAUUUUGUAGUAAUAAGAGCAACUGGUACUGAUGCAUACAAUAGUUACAUAUAUGAUUUAGGCUCUGUCAAUUCAGUCGAAACUCUAUUAAUCAAUUCACGCACUUUAGCUAACGAUCCUCAAGUUGAAGCAACAAUUCGUGGAGCUGAAGCAGUAUUUAUUGCUGGUGGUGAUCAAGCUAAUUAUGUUAACUAUUGGAAAGGUACUAAAGUACAAGAUGCUCUUAACUAUUUACGAAAUAUCAAACAAGUUCCGAUUGGAGGUACAUCAGCAGGAUGUGCUAUUCUUGGUGGAACAUAUUUUUCAGCACUUAGUGGAACAGUGACUUCCAGUGAAGCUCUUGCCAAUCCUUACAAUAGAUAUCUUACUUUAGGUUACAAUGAUUUUCUUUCCCAGCCUUAUCUAUCAAAUGUUAUCACUGAUACUCAUUUUAACAAUCCUGAUCGACGUGGUCGUCUUAUUACAUUUCUAGCACGUAUGAAUAAAGAUUACGGAGUUGUAGGUCGUGGUAUUGGUCUUGAUGAAUCGACAGCUUUAUGUAUAGAAUACGAUGGUACAAGUAAAGUUUUCGGCUCUGGUACUGCUUUUUUCUUGAGUCAAAAUGGGCCUGCUAACACACCAGAAACAUGUGUUAGUGGUUCACGUCUUGACUGGUAUCGUAAUCGACAAGCUAUCACUGGAUAUAAAAUUGUUGGUAAUGAGUCGGGUUCUGGAAGUUUUGAUUUAAAAACUUGGAGUCCAGUGAGUGGUGGUGUACAUCAAUAUUAUUAUGUGGACCGUGGUACUCUUGGAAUUUUUUGGUAA